AUGGAAGAAGACAGUAUUAACCAGACUCUUUUGACAAAAGAGAAGAGUGUACAAGAAAAUGGUGUUGAGGAUAAGGAGGAGGAUGAGAAUUUGCCACUCAAAACCAGGGUAUGGAGGGAAACCAAGACGAUGUGGGUGGUGGCUGGCCCUGCUAUCUUCACCAGAGUUUCCACAUUUGGAAUAAAUGUCAUCAGUCAAGCCUUCAUUGGUCACAUUGGCUCUACACAACUAGCUGCAUUUUCGCUUGUAUUCACCGUACUCAUCAGGUUCGCAAAUGGGAUCUUGCUGGGCAUGGCUAGUGCGCUAGAAACUCUUUGUGGUCAAUCAUACGGUGCGAAACAGUACCACAUGCUUGGAAUACAUCUUCAGCGGUCAUGGGUAGUUCUGUUUAUUAGCACAGUGCUCCUCAUUCCUCUUUGCAUCUUUACAACCCCGAUUUUAGAGGCAUUAGGCCAAAAAGAUAAUAUUUCAGAAGAGGCAGGAUAUAUUUCUCUAUGGGUGAUCCCUGUGCUUUUUGCUUUUGUUGUAUCCUUUACCUGCCAAAUGUACUUACAAGCACAGAGCAAAAAUAUGAUCAUUGCUUAUGUGUCGGCAAUUUCAAUUGCAAUCCACAUCCUCCUUUCAUGGCUUUUUACUGUCAAAUUUAAGUGGGGGGUUGCCGGUGUAAUGGUGUCGACUAUUAUAGCAUAUUGGCUACCCAACGUUGGUCAGCUGUUGUUUGUUCUAUGUGGAGGAUGCCCGGAAACAUGGACAGGCUUCUCAACCUUAGCUUUUACAAAUCUCUGGGAGGUCCUCAAGCUGUCUCUGUCAUCCGGUGUUAUGCUUUGUCUUGAGCUUUGGUACAACACAAUCUUGGUUCUUUUAACUGGAAACAUGGAAAACGCAGAAGUCUCUAUCGAUGCUCUAUCGAUUUGCCUCAACAUUGUUGGGUGGGAAAUGAUGAUAUCCCUUGGUUUCCUGGCUGCAGCAAGUGUACGAGUGUCGAAUGAGCUUGGAAGAGGUAGUGCAAAAAAGGCAAAGUUCUCUGUUAAGGUUAUUGUUUCGAUAUCAUUUGCUAUAGGAGGUAGCUACAAUGGUUUCCAACUUGUCACCUUAUUGGCAUUCUCCAUACUCUUGAACGGUGUUCAACCAGUGCUCUCAGGAGUUGCUCUCGGAGCUGGAUGGCAGAGUACUGUGGCAUAUGUGAACAUAGCAUCCUAUUACCUUAUAGGGAUUCCUGUUGGGGUGGUGCUUGGUUAUCCUCUAAAGCUACAAGUCCAGGUAACAUUAGCUCGUAGCCGUGUUAACAAGUGGGAAGUAACAGAUAUUGGAGAAUCGAGCCCCGAGACAUAA